CAUUUAAAAUACUCUCCUACUGUAGUCUCAGGCAACCUUUGUUUAUACCUGCCGCCUGAAUCUGUUCUAGCUUUACCUUGUUGAAUUCAAGUUGCAAUAAAUCAAUUUUGUUCGUCCCAGGGUUGAUAUUUCGAGAUGGCUUCAGGCUACAGAAAACCCAACACCACUUCCAACCAGAGGAAAAAGGCAGGUCCUAAACCAGACUUGACAGAGGAACAAAAGCAGGAGAUCAGAGAGGCCUUUGACUUGUUUGAUACAGAUGGGUCGGGCACAAUUGACGUGAAGGAACUCAAGGUUGCCAUGCGUGCCCUUGGCUUUGAACCAAAGAAAGAAGAGAUCAAGAAGAUGAUUGCAGACAUUGACAAGGAGGGCUCUGGGACCAUUGAUUUUAAUGACUUUCUCUGUAUGAUGACACAGAAAAUGAGUGAAAAAGACUCAAAAGAAGAAAUUCUGAAGGCUUUCCGCUUAUUUGAUGAUGACGGCACAGGCAAAAUCUCCUUCAAAAAUCUCAAGAGAGUUGCCAAGGAGCUAGGCGAAAGCCUGACAGAUGAGGAAUUGCAGGAAAUGAUUGACGAAGCAGACCGAGAUGGAGAUGGAGAGAUCAACGAGCAGGAGUUUCUAAGGAUAAUGAAAAAGACAAGUCUAUAUUGAAUGUCUUAUGUUUCCCAACAUUUAUUUUUUCCACUGCUGGAACUUAAGUCUUUGAUUCUUUUAAGGGUACUUUAUGAUAUAGUGAUAUAGUGGCUUUUUUCAUAUGCGUUGUAAAUUAUUAUAACAGCUCUAUACACCGAUUGUAUGAUAUUUGAGAAAAAAAUAAAA